ACGCUUGUGAAACUGGUGCUCUCAAUUGAAAAGCACCAUUGACUUCGCAGAAACUGGCAGUUCAUUUGGCUUUCGGAUACUUACAACCAUACGCUCACAAUGUCUGUAAGCGUACGAAUUGUUCUGAUUGUAAUCAUUGGUUGUGGAAUAACGGUUCAGAAAGAAUCAGAAAAGGGGGACUCGUCGAUAAAACCGUCUAUAGCAAUCGUCGGCGCCGGUAUUUCCGGACUAUCGACCGCGCGUCGACUGAUUGAACUUGGAAUUGACGAUUUUGAUAUCUACGAAGGUCUCGACCGGAUCGGAGGCAGAAUUCAUGCCAUACCGUACAAGGAUGGAUUUCUACAAAUGGGAGCCCAAUUUAUAAAUGGAGCACAAAACCCGUUGUACAAAAUUGCCAACCGUCUUGGACUUCUGGCCGAUGUGGUAUCUGACACUGCACAUGUCGACAAUGCACACUUUGCUUUUGGAAAUCAAAAUGUUCAGGAAAAAGACAUCAAGACAUUCUUGGACUUUACUUCGAAGCUUGAUCCAAAAUACAGAAGCAUCGCAAAACAUGAUGAGAAGACUGCAAGACGCUACACUUUCAAAGAAAUCUUCACUUUGGAUUACAUGCAUUUCUUGAAGAGCCAGAAUUUUACGGAUCAACAGACAAAUGUCUUUGAUUCGCUGGCAAGAUCAUUCAGAUCGUAUUGGGAAUUCGAGUGGGCGGCUGAUUGGAGUACUCUGAGUGUUCACGUUCUAAAAGAGUGGAAUGACUAUGGACCGGAAUGUGAAUCAUUUGCCACUAACAAAAUUGGAUUCAAAGCGAUUUUGGACGAUAUUGCCGCACCGAUUCCAAGAAAGGCAUUCAAUUUCAAUAGUCGAGUUGAAAAUAUCAAUCUGGAUUCAAACACUGGAAAAAUCAAAUUGACAGUUUCCGAUCGUGCAGUUCCAACGGAAUAUGACUAUAUUAUUGUGACUUCUUCGUUAGGAGUUCUCAAGAAAUAUCAUCAUAAAAUGUUCACACCACCCUUGCCACGACAGAAAAUUGAAGCCAUCGAGAAAAUCGGAUUCGGAGGAUCUUGCAAGGUGUUCUUCGAAUGGGAAACUCCAUUUUGGUCGAACAACACCUACUCCAUCGCUCCUCUCCCUGUUAAGGGAAUGAUUAGAGAUAAACUGGAUGCAUUUGAAGAUGAGACUACGAUCCUUCAAGUUGUCGACUGGGCUCCGAACGUUCUGAGUGCAUGGUAUGCUGGUAGAGGUCAUCAGUUGGUGGAUAACAUGUCGGAGGAAGAGUUGAAGCAAAGAAUUACAAAACUGAUGCGAGACAUGUACAACGACAAAAGUAUUCCCGAGCCUAGCAAGAUUAUCAGAACUCAGCUGACCAAGAACGAGUUGCUUCUAGGAUCCUAUUCCUACAUGACUCAAGUGCAAGCGCUCUCCCAUAUUUCUCACUCUCAACUUGCGAUUCCAGUGAAACUGGAAGGAAGACCAAAGGUUCUGUUUGCCGGUGAAGCAACUCAUCACAGACUAUUCCAAACAACCAUCGGAGGUUAUUUGAGUGGUCGCAGAGAAGCUGAUCGAGCUGUCAAUGACUGGUUUGGAAGAUGGAAUCAGACCACAAAAUUGGAAGUAGUGGAUGAAACAUUGAUCAAUGAUCAGAGAAACAUCCCAAUCAUUUCACAACCAAUAACUUCUAUUUAAAAAUAAGAUUAAUCAGAUACCUUGAGGAUUUAACUCAGUUUUUUUAUUAAAUUUUCGAUAUUUUCUAAUAACGUUGAGUAUCAAUAAACAUUCUUUAUUUG